AUGUGCCUGCGUUGUAUAGGGGAUGAAACCACCCAAGUUAACCCCGACAUGCCAAGAAAAACUAAACCUUCAGAUGUCACUGAAAGUCAGUCCAUACAUAAACGUAUUCAGAAUAUGCAAAACCUAAGGAAAGAGAAGAGGAAACUUGGUAAGCGGUUUGCAAGUGCUGCUCCUGUUCCAGAUCCAGGGCUCCAAUGGCCAUAA